UUGUUGACGGAAACAGAAGCGUAGGUUUCAUGCGGAACUGUACCAUCACUAGGAGAGGGACUCUGAUUCAGUGAACACAGACUUCCGGCAGGGAAACAAUUUGAAUUUAAACACUGACAGGUUGUGAUCAGAGAAUGUCCACACUCUUCCCCUCCCUGUUCCCGCGGAUGACCGAGUCCCUCUGGUUUAACCUGGACCGGCCCUGUGUGGAUGAGAACGAGCUUCAGCAGCAGGAGCAGCAGCACCAGGCCUGGGUUUGUCUCCAGAGCAUAGCUGAGAAAGACAAUACCCUGGUGCCUAUUGGGAAGCCCGCCUCGGAGGUACCAAAUCACUUUGAUGACGAGGAGGAAGAGGAUGAUGAGGAUGAUGAAGACAGCGAGGAGGACUCUGAAGAUGACGAGGACAUGCAGGACAUGGACGAGAUGAAUGAUUACACAGAGUCUCCUGAUGACGGGGAGAUCAAUGAGGUGGAUAUGGAAGGGGCAGAUCAAGACCAGGACCAGUGGAUGAUCUAGACCAGGGGUCUCCAACCCUGGUCCUGUAGAGCUACUGUGGCAGCUGGUUUUCGUUUCAACCAAUCUCUGUUAUGUAAUUGAACCAAUUAUUGGCUUAGUUAGUCAAUAUUAACAGGUGUUCCAGCUCUUUAGCCACUGAUGAUGUAAAGACACCUAUAAAACCUGCUGGAUAGGGGCUCUCCAGGACCAGGGUUGGAGGCCCCUAAUCUAGACCCUCCUUCCAGUACUAGAGUGAAAAACAACAUCCAGAACCUUGUUUUGGUCUUCCAGUACCCAGGAAGGGUUCACGGUUUUAAGGACGCAGCCCUUUGCCGUUGGCUUUGUAUGCUCUGAACCUUGUUGCUCUGGUAUUUUGAGUGCAUUGUUUAACUGCAGUAUAUGGUAAAGUAGGUUUUGUUGGAUUGUUUUUUGCUUGUUUGUUUUGUUGUAUAACAAAGUGUUUAUGCUUCAGCAAAUGAAUGUAAGAAACAAACCAACACUAUUGGGUAACCAUUCUACAGCAGGAGAGCCGCUUGUCCAGAAGUUUUUAAAUGCUGCAAAUCAUAACCACUUUACACUUGUGUUUACAAACGGCACACAGCCAUUAGACAUAUCCGGUGUGUUUAUCCAAAUACAGUAUGUGAAAAUAGGUUGGCUUCCCAAUGGUGCUAUGGAAUAGGGAAUAUAGUACUAUGUGCUUUUACUGGUAUUAUAAAUUUACUGUCUGGAGUGUACUAUACAGAACACGUACACAUCCAAGCCCAUUCGAGAUGAACUUGUGUUUCUAGCAACUAUGAUACUUAAUACACAACUGAUCAAUGAGCAGUCACUGAUGGUCAUCAACUGUCAUGCUGCUGUAGAGUCUAGACCAUCCAGUAGCUGUCUCUGCUGAGAUUUAACAAAAUGGAUACAGUAACAAAGUUGGAUAGCUUCCAUGUCUGGGAUUUACUCUGAAAUUUCAUUUGGGGUAAAUGCAUCUGGUUUGUUCUACUGCAUUUUACUAUUUAAAACAAAAAUUAAAGUCACAUGUUAUUUAAAGAA